CUCAGCCACGAUGGCUCAGCAUGCUGGCCUCAUCCCAAGCAGCUCUGUCCCCCUGCUCAAUGUCACCCUGGAGCCGUCUCCAUGCACGUUCCUGCUGACGCGGUGGACCCCGCUGUCUGUGGCUUCCCAGACACGGAUGCUUGGGCGCUGCCCUGUUUGGGGUUCGGGGUCCAGGUGGCUUCACAAGCAGCUCUGCAUCUGAUAGUGGAUUUCGGAGACGGCUCUGGGGUUCAAGUGACGGUCUGCAAUGUGUCCGGGGGAAUGAUGGUCACCGCCUACCACCAAUUUGGAAAAGGAGGAGUCCACGUGCUCCGGGCAUUUAUCUACGAGUUCUGUGGAACUGAAAAGGAGCUGGGGCCUUACUUUGUGGAGGUCGGCCCUGCGACCGUGUCCGUGUUCAUGAAUUCCAGCAGCAUCCACAAGGACGAGCUUCUCCUCUUUGCCGGCCCCGGCGUGGGUCAGGAAGGCUCCGUUGUCUCGCAUCGAUUUCCAGCCGGUCCCUCGAGCAACGUGACCUUCACAUCUCAGAGCCCAGCGGGGGGCGGCCGGGCGUGGGGCCACGUGACCGUCCGGUAUCACAUGCAGCCCGUCUCCGUCUACACAAACGGAACUGUGUUUGCCACCGAUGCCCACAUCACUUUUCUGGCUGUUACCGAGGAAACGACCCCCCUGGAGUUCAUGUGGUCAUUUGGAGAAGGUCCAGCCCUGAGGACAACGUCCAGAAGCAUUAAGAAAAGACUCGGCACCCCCCAGUGGUACAACGUGACGGUACGGGCCACCAGUGGGCUGGGCAGCGUGGCCUCGGAGCCCCACCGCAUCAGGACGCAGAGGAGAAUUGUUGUCAAUCGGCUUGCGUCCCCCUCCUCAGCGCUGCUGAACACCAGUGUGACGUUUGAGUUCAGGCUCAACUUCGGCACCGACGUCACUUUCCUCUGGGACUUUGGGGAUGGCACCGUGGGCCCGGGGGACCAUUUAGCCAGUCACACCUAUAGCAGGGAAGGAGAGUUCACUGUCCACGCCCUUGCCUUUAAUGACGUCAGCACCGCCUCCCUGAGAAAGCAACUGUUCAUCGUGCGGGAGCCCUGCCAGCCGCCCCCCGUGCGGAACAUGGGGCCCGGGAAGGUGCAGGUGUGGCGGUCUCAGCGUCUGACCCUGGCCGUGACGUUCGAGUCUGCGAUCCUCUGUGACAUCUCCCAAGGCCUCUCCUAUACCUGGACCUUCUGGAACUCCCAGGGGUGGCCGGUGGCCCUGCCUCCCACCGUCAGCACGCACAGGCAGACAGUCACUGUCCCCAGCUACUUCCUGGCGCCUGGCAACUACACUGCUCUUGCCAGGGUCCAGGUGGAAGGCAGCGUGGUGCACAGCAGCUACAGCGUGGCGGUGGAGGUGCGAGCCCGGGCCCCCGUCAGCGUCAUCUCCGAGGGCACGCACCUGUUCCUCUCCAGAGCCCCCUCGUUCCCCGUCAUCCUCACAGGCUCCCAGUCCUACGACCCAGACCACCCGGGGGCCAUCCUCAGCUAUCACUGGAAAUGCGCCGUGGCCAGCAGCCCCGGGCACUCCUGCUUCGCCGCCUCCUCGCCACACAGCCUGGAUGCUGGGGCUCCCUCCCUUGCCUUCCCUUCAGACUCUCUCAGCGACAGCUAUGAUCAGUUUGUCGUGACACUGAUGGUGUCCAGCGCCGGCCGGAAUUCUUCAGAGGCGCAAGUGUUCCUGUCCCCUCGCCCCGACUCGGUGCUCAGGUUCAUCCACAUCUCCUGGGUCAGCUUUAAGGACGUGUUUGUUAACUGGAACGAGGAGCUUUCUCUUCAAGCCGAGUGUGAUGAGUGUGGUGAGGGGUCCCCCCUGUCUUACUCCUGGGACCUCUUCCUGGUCAACGCGACCGAAAGGACCCGAAUGGAAGGUAAGGUCACGGCCGCCUUCAUUUUGUUAACCCAGGCGAGGACUCGGUGUUCGAGGGUUGCUGAGAAUACACAGGCUCCGUGGCGCCCAGAUCCGUGUCUCUGGCUGCGCCCAUCACAACGAGCUCCCCAGCCCUUCUCCUUUAUGCUCACGAAGACGGAGAUGCCUGAACGCUGCGGCUCAGACACCUGCACACGACCCAGAACUUGCCUCCGUCCCUCGCGGCUCCUGCUGUCCUUGGGGCCAGUCCUCGCCCCGGCUCUGAGACCCACGACUCCAGGCCCUUCUCCGGGAGGUGGUUUUCUUGGAACCCGUGUCUGUGACAGCAGUGAGGACAAGCUCACUCUAUUUUUCUGGUCUGAACGUCUCACCCGGUCCAUGUUUGUUCAAGUCCCCUCUUGCAGAACAGUGGGGCUGCUGGGCGCUGCUGGCCUGGGGGCCAUUUCGAAGCUGCCAGAGCCCAGUCCACCAUCCACGGAGCCGAGCUGGCUGGAGCCCCACACAACGGGCACACUGUCUUCUCGGGAGCUGUCCCCACAGACCCAGGCCCCGCCGGUCCUCUCGGCCACCAGGAAACCCUCCUCGGGGCCCACAAUCAGCAGGCACUGGGUUCCUGCUGUGGGUGACCGGCGUUCCCCAGGACCCAGCCCCCCUCGGAGGUUGUCCCCCCAGAGCCCGUCCCCCACCCCCUCUGAUUUUGAAGCCUAUUACAGCGAUCUCCAAGAAGCCGUGCCGCCCAGAGGGAGACAGCCCGCAGACUGGGCCGAUGCUAGCCUCCUGGGAGCAGGCCCGAGUUCGAGUCCUGAUGGAGGCGGCGGGGAUGGAGACAACCUGCUGGGCCCUUUGGACUCUCGGGCCGCCGCCAGGCCCACCCUCCUCGUGGACUGGCCCAAGUCCCUGGUCAGCCGCGCUCGCUUCCACGGCUACACCUCCUCUGGUAUCACAGGACGCACGGUGACAAUAAAGCCGUUCUCACUGAGCCCCGGGGACACCUAUGCCCUACAAGCCUCUGUGGCUUCCCCGCACGGCGUCCUGGGGAAAGCUCAGCUGUUCGUGACGCUCAAUCCCGCUCCGAGGGACGUGGCCUGCCAGGUGCAGCCACAUCACGGCCUCGAGGCUCACACAAUCUUCGGCAUCUUCUGCAUGGCAGGGAGACCGGACUUCCAUUACGCAUUUAGUUAUCAGAUAGGAAAUGCCUCCAAACGCACUGUGCACCACGGGAGAGACAGCCAGUACUACUCCACACUGCCAGCCGGUGAGCCCUCGGACGAUUAUAAAGUCACAGUGUCCACUGUGAUCACAGACGGCAUGGGCUCCCAGGCACCACCGUGCACCGUGACAGUGACCGUCCUGCCCCGUUUCCAAGGGAAUCUCUGCCUGGAUGAGGACACCUAUAACUCCAGCCUGAAGCAUCUCUCCACCCUUCAGCUGAUGGGCAGCUACACAGAGAUCAGGAACUAUAUCACCAUGAUGACCAAGGUCCUGACUCGUUGGGCUGCAGAGGACAGAAGUCCCUCAUGUGACCAGUGGUCACGAAUACAGGAUAUGCUGAUUUCUUCCACGUGCAGACUGCCUUUCGCAGAUCAGGAAGAAAUGAAUGAUUCCAUUUCCAUGUUAAGGGACCUCCUGCGCUUUCCUCAUAAGUUAAGUCUUACGAGUGCGGCUGUCAUCCUCAAAGCCGCCCGGGAGCUCCGGGCUCAGGGCCUGCUGCUGGGGAAGCUUGCGGUGGACGAGGGCCCAGUGCGUGAGCUCAUCCUGCUCGUGGCCGAGGUCUUGGAAGCAUGUGACCGGGAGAAACCGAGGACUGCGGGCUUCCUGCAAGAAGAGGGGAUUGAGGUCAUCUCGGAUCUCUUGUUGGAUGGCCUCUCUGCGAGCAAGGAGCGCCGGCUCCACGUCAGCGCCGGCCGGAUGGAGUUCCGCACGCUCCUCCAUCGCGACCUGCAGGGCUGCGUGCAGAGCCUGGGCUCCGUCCGGGUGCAUUUACCUGCAGACCUGGCUAGACAGAGUCCUGCAGAGGCGGCAGCGCAGGGCCCGUGCUACGUCAGCCAGCUCGUGCUCUUCAAGGAGAACCCAUUUCCAGGGGGCCCAGCUCCUGGUCAGAUUGGCCGGGUGAUCACCCCGUCCCUGUUUAGCUGCUCCAGCAGGAAACCCAUCCGCAGAUGGCGGCUACGGGAGCCCGUGACCGUGGAGUUUGGGGAGGACGAUGACCUGGAUAAUAGGAACAAGACCACGUUUGUGCUGUUCCGGGAUAGAGUGAAUGUUCAUCAGAUCGUUGGGCAUUCCGCAAACGCCCAGGAAUCUCUGCACAUAAGGAUAGAAUUUUCUAGGCCCGUCUUGAGAGCUUUCCCAGUCAUGCUGCUGGUAAGGUUCUCCGAGCUGCCGACUCCUUCUGACUUCCUCGUGAAGAAGGUCUACGUCUGGGACGAGCAGACGGUGCACGUGUAUGUCCCUGCUGGUCCUCUGAGAGACACCCACUUGGGAUAUUUAUCCUUACUAGACGCUAACUACGACAGACGCCCUCCAAAUAAACAUUUCGCACGGGCAGUGAACUACACGGUGUGUUUCCAGUGGGUGCAGUGCCUCUUCUGGGAAGAGAGGGAGUGGAAAUCCGCAGGCUUCUCUCCACGGCCAGGAACAUCUCCAGAGAAAGUGAGCUGUAGCUACGACCACCUUGCGCCGGCAUCUGUUGCGAGAAGAAGCCUGAAUGCCACCUUUUCAAUGAGUGACAUUUCCAAGUGGCAGAGACGCCCGGAGAACCUGCUUCCCAGCAUUUUGAUUGUCGUUUUUACGGUGCUCUAUGCACUUCUGGUUACUAAAGGCAGACGUGAAGAUCGUCAGGAGAAGGAGAAAGCUGGUUACAUUUUUCUGCAAGAAGAUGCUCCUCCCGGCCAUCAGCUGUAUGCAGUUGUCGUGGACACAGGCUUCCGGUCCCCCGCCCGCUGCAGUGCCAAGGUUUACAUUGUUCUACGUGGUGAGAACGGGUCUUCAGAACCCAGAGAACUCUACUGUCCGGAGAAGCCCCUGUUUGAAAGGAAUUCCAGACACACUUUUGUCCUGAGCACCCCCGCUCUGCUGGGCCCGCUCCGGGGCAUCCGCCUCUGGCACGACAGCCGUGGGCCCUCCCCGGCCUGGUAUGUGAGCCACAUCAUGGUGGGAGAGCUGGGGCCCGGGCCCAGGAGGAGCUGGAUCUUCCCUGCCGAGUGCUGGCUGGCCGCGAGCAGGGAGGACGGUCGUGUGGAGCGGGAGCUGGGCUGCCUGCGCCGGGGCCUCGGCUUCUGGAAGCUCUUGUAUUCCAAGUUCACGGAGUACCUGGAGGAUUUCCACGUCUGGACCUCCGUGUACAGCCGGCCGUCCCCCAGUGGCUUCCCGCACACCGCGCGCCUCACUGUGGCCUUCGCCUUGCUGUGCACGUACGCCUGUCUCGCCGCCCUGCUCACGGCCGCAGGACCAGAGCAGCUCCCAUGGGUGCUCGGCACCCCCGAUGCCACCGCUGGGUCCUUCCAGACAGGGCUCCUGUGCACGCUGCUGGCUACUCCCGGGGCACAGCUCCUGUCACUGCUCCUGAGGCUCAGCCAGGAAGCCAGCAGGCCAUCCCGUGCGCAGACCUGCCUGCCCCUGAGAAGAGUGCCGGCCGAGGCAGCUCAGGGCCCUCACUCCCACGGGAGGACGGCAGACGCCCACAAGACGCAAGAGGGUCAGGGUCUCUCGGGGCACGCCAGAGCCCAUGGGAGGGCAGCAGGUGGCCAAAGUGCGGGCUCUCCAUCCCCAGAGCAGGGGGCCCGCAGAGCUGACCCCGGCCAGCAGGCUCCAAGGGAGAAGGGGACCCACAGCGUUCUCCGUGUGCAAGCCCCCGACAGCGGGCUUGGAGGACUUGCUGCUCUCCGGUGGCUACGGGUGCUGCUGCCUUGGUCAGCAUCCGCAGUGUGGGCCGUUUGCGGGAUGGUCUCCGUGGCCUGUGGCGUAGGGACAGCACUUCUAGGAUACAGGUUCGACCCGAAUCAGUGUGUGCGCUGGCUGCACCUGCUGACGGUGUCCGUGCUGUGCUGUGUUUUCAUCACGCAGCCGCUUCUGGUGGGCCUCGCCGCCCUGGGCUUUGCCUGGAAAAGGAGAGACGAUGCACACUUCUUCACCGAGUCCCUGCACGCGGCCACCAGAGACCUGCACUCGGAGCCGGAGGAGCGUGCGAGCUCCCGCAUACCCCACCCUGCCAACCAGAUGGCCGAGAUGCUGGCCGCCCGACAGCGAGCUCGCCGCCUACGCUGGGCACGUCCGCCGUCCGCGGCCCAGCUCAGCACCGUCAGAGAGAGGAUGAGAAGAGAGACCCGGACACAGGUGGCCCUGAGAGACACCUGCCUGUGCGUCCUCAUGCUCCUUCUGCGUGUGUUCAUACUCUGUGGGCAGCGCUCCCAGGACGAACGUUCUCUCGGGCAAGCCAUCCGGAGUGAGUUUACGAGGGGAGCCGGGAGCGCCUCCGGAGGCCUGAGGAGUGUGGGGGACUGGUGGGUCUGGAGUCUGACCACUCUGCUGGACGGCCUGCACGGGACAGGCGCCCCCACCGCCGGCCCGCCGGGCGCUCAGCCGGGAGCCCUUGGCGGGAAGUGCUCCGUGCUGGGCGCCGUGCUGAUCCGGCAGCAGAGGGAGGCUUCCGGCGACGCGGGCGAGCCUCCCGGCCCAGCUUCAGCGCUUACAGAGGACUGUCCUCCCCCACGUGACCCCAAAGCUGGGAGCCCCGACAUCCCCUCCGCGACAGAUCCUGCCACCCAAAGAGUGGCCCCAAGCGGCCCCGGAGACUGUGGGGCCAGGGAGUCCUGGGAGCUCAGCCUGGGCCGCACCAGGCUGGCAGCGCAUGCAGCCCUGAGCGGCCUCCGGGCCCGCGGGUGGAUCGACCGCAGCACCAGAGCCGUGUCUGUGCACUUCACUCUCUACAAUCCUCCCACUAGACUCCUGUCCAGCGUGUCCCUGCACGCCGAGCUGCUGCCCACGGGGGACCUGGCCCUGUCCCCGCUGGUGCAGUCGCUGGCUGUCUUCGACAGUGACUCGGCCCUGUGGUCCAGCCCCACGCUUCCCGAGCUGGCCUUCCUGCUGCUCAGCCUGACUCACGUCUGCUUGCAAGUCUGCAGCCUGGCCGAGGACGGCGUCCGCAGAUACUGGCGCAAACCAGGGAACUGGCUGCAGCUUGCCAUCCUGGGAGCCAACCUCGCCUGCCACGCAGCCUCCAGCCACCUGACCACGCUCACUGAGGACGUGAUGGACCACUUCCGCAGAGGACAUUUCCAAGGAUUUACAGACCUCAGCCUUGCAGCCUCGUGGAAUCAGAGGGUGACCUGGCUCCAGGGGACCCUUUUGUUCCUCUUGACGCUGAAGCUCGCCUUCCUCGUUGGCAUCCAGAGCUCGACAGCCUGCUGCUCCCUCCUGCUGCGUCGCUCGCGGGCUGGCAUCUGCACAGCAGGGUGCACACACUGCGGCCCGUAUGGGCCUGUGACAGUGGGCUGCCGGCCUGUGGUGCAGCUGGCGGGUGUCCUGAUGCUGGCCGCCCGCUGCCACCUGCGCACGGUACCGCCCGGCACCUUCGCAGACUUCUCCCGAGACCUGCUGUUCCGUCUUCCAGGAAGAAGCCAGACACACACAUCCCGUGGUCCUUCCGAGUCUGACCUGUGGGCCCCGGCUGGGUGCUGCGGGGCCCUUUUCAUAGCAUUGAGCACUGUGUGGUGGGGAAUGCUCAGAGGGUCCCUCGCGGCUCUUGCUCGAAAAAGGAAAUCUUUUCAAAGCCAGUCACUGGUGAGCCUGGCCGACCUGACUGCCUACGUGCGGGGGGCGGUCCUGGCCCGGCUGGGAGCGCGGAAGCCACCGCAGGAAGAGGCUGACGUGUCCGCGAGGCGUAAUCACUACCUGGAUGAGGUCUCCGACCUGCUGGACGAGCUCCUGUGGAAGAUUCACGGUUUGUCCAACAGCCCCCAGCGUCCUCUUCCACGGGAGCGGUCCGGGGAUAUGGGAGGGGCCGGGCCAGGAGGCCGUCCCUCGGGGGGUGUCUCUGCCUAA